UUGAACUGAUGUAUAAUACUAACCUUGUUAAAAAAAUUUGAAAUUAUAUUUAAAAUUUAUAAAUCUGUUUUUUUAUAGAACAAUUAUGGUUUCGCGCUUGUAUAAAAUUACCAACCCAAGUAGAAAUAGCAGAAGUCUUGUUUGUGGUAAUACCUUAGAAGAAUUGAUAUCUGAAGCGUGCACAAAUUUGAAUAUUAACUUGGACUCAUCGUGUAAGAUUGUUCUUGAGGAAGAUGGUACAAGUAUUUCAAAGAUGUGUAUUUUGGAAAGUCUGGCGGAAAUGUACCCAAACGUCCCUUUACUACUGAUGGUCGUUUAUAAAGAUGCGCCCUGGAAACCGAUUUCGGAGAUUGUUUCAUCAGCAGUGUCAAUAAGUCCAACUAUUACAAAUCAACAAAAUGAAGGUUCACAAUCUUCUUCUUCCUUCAAUAUUGAAGAACAAAAUAGUAUUGUAAGUCUGUCACCAUCCAGCAGCGACAGAAUAUCAGCUCUUCCUUGGGAUUCUAUAGUUCCCAAGAAAUUAAAAAAUAUUGAAUCGAAUCCUUCGAGUUACGUAUUAGAUUUUAUUAGAAAUGCCGCAGACUAUAUGAUGGAUGAUUUAAAAGAUGACAGAUUCAGCACUGCAAGACGUGUCGCAGAACUUAUGGUACACAAAUUUCCUUAUGUUUUUGGCUUUUCAAUAUGGACUGAAAAUGAGUCUCGAUUAGAAAUUUCAUCUGGUGUGAAGUCUUUGCAAAAAAGACUGUAUGACCGUAUUAAGAAAACUCAACAAGGGAAAAAGAAGCGUCCACGUCCUGCUGACAGCGAUGAAGAAGACAAUACAACGAAUUUAAUUAUAGAAAGAUACGGUAAAAACCAGGAUAGUUAUGGCUGUGUAGCAUACGAACCUCCACUUCCAGAAAAUGAGACAAACGAGACUCAAAAUAUAAUGAAAAAUAGCCUUUUGCUUUCUAUUUCGAACCCUGAGAUGCAGCUACCAGUUGAAGAUGAAGCAAAGUAUUUAAAUCUUACCUACGCUACCCAGCGAAUUAAUUUAAAUAGAAGGGAACAGCUUCACUUGAAUUUGGCAGAUAUAUUACAAAAUCAUUGGCCCCAUUUAAAACAAGAAAAACAUUUUCUUGCACAUGCUGAGACUUUGCUUGGCAAAAAAGUUCAAAACAUAUGGCUUGAAAACGCAAAAAAUAAAAUUCCUGCAAUUUACGAAUAUUUCAGAGAUUAUUACACGAAAUACAAAAAGGCAACAAUAAAACCUAAAAUUGCCAAAAAUUUGGAGUCAGUUUUGAGUGAAAUAAAAAAUGCUUCGUCAACUUUGGAUUCUUCAUUUCCAAAAACGAUUGGAUUUCUUCCACUUCUAGCCUCUUUUUUUAACGAAGAGCCUAUUUUUAAAUUGGCUGACAUUGACGCUUCGGAUGAGGAAAUUAUAAAAAUGGCUAAUGUUACACGUCCUAUUCUCAUCAUAAAAGGAAGAAGUCUGUUUGACGAAUCUUUACAGUGUCUAAUAGUAGUCGAAGAUACGAUUCUAAUAAGAACUUCCAAUGUCUUACAAGGGAUUUUCUUAUUAGUAUUAUCAUACUACGUUUAUGGGUUUAAUUAUGAAGCAAAGAAGGCAUCGACCUUCGAAUUUAUUCAAAGACUGCUUUUAGAUAUAAACCCAUCAAACAAAGGCAGUAGGAGGCAAAGAAAAAGUAAAUCCCAAAAAUUAAAUGAAGAGGAUUCAAGGACAGCCAAAUUAAUAAAUAAUGUAGAAGUAGAAGCAAUAUUUGCUUCUUUACUCGUAAAACUUGCCGAAGAUUCUACGUCAUUUUUGGAACAGGAUUUCAAAUGUUUCGUAAACGGAAUUUUUCCAACAAAAAUUCUUCGACAACUAACGUUACCACAAGUGUAA